CUCGCACCUCAAAUCCAGCAAAACAAAGGCAUCAUCUUCUUGUCCCGCUAAGCUUUUGGCAUGGCUAAACAAACUUCUCAUCUGUAUUUCUGACUUUCUGCUCUUUCCAUGGCGUGCCUUUCUUACCUUCAGCUUCUCCCACUUCCCAGGUACAAAUUAAACUGGUCGUAUUAUGCUUCUUCAAACUUAGUGCAACUUCGAGAACUCAAGUCAGGCUGUAAAUGGGGUCCUCUUUCCAUGGCUAAGAAGACAGCUGCUUCUCUGGGUUCGGUAACAGAACAAUCCAACGAAAAUGAGUCUAUAGAGGAAAAGAAGACAACUGGAUCAGCCAAAAGAAAAAGGGCUGCCACUAAGACUAGGAAAAAAUCAACUGAUGAGUCCCCAGAAGAGAACAGUAAUUUAUUGGUAACUAGUGAUGGCUCCACCGAAGAGAGUUCAUCUGCCUCAAGUGACGAUUCCAAGAAGAAAUCUCGAAGGACCCGAAGAAAAGAUGCAUCUAAUGCUGCUGGUGUGGAAAAAGAGAAGAAAGAGAAGAAGGUCAGGACACGAAAAAUACCUAAGAAGGAGGAUGUAAUUUUGGAGGAUAAGGGCAGUGAGGCUGAAAUUAGUGACCAGGAUGAGCCUUCACUUGUUGAAAAUGUUGAUGAGGAGAUUGAAGAUGACCUAGAACUGAUAAAAGAUGAUGGAGAGGAUAUUAGCUUUACUUAUGGUUGGCCUCCCCUUGUUUGUUGCUUUGGAUCUGCACAGCAUGCUUUUGUUCCUUCGGGGAGGCCAGCCAAUAGACUUUUAAAUUACGAAAUCCAUGAAAGGAUGAAGGACGCUCUGUGGAGCCCUGAAAAAUUUGUUAGGGCUCCUGGGGGCUCUGCUGGUAGCGUUGCUAUUGCACUUGCAAGUUUGGGUGGGAAAGUUGCUUUUAUGGGGAAACUUGCAGAUGACGAUUAUGGUCAAGCCAUGCUGUACUAUAUGAAUGUAAACAAUGUUCAGACAAGAUCAGUCCGUAUUGAUAGUAAAAGGUCAACAGCAGUAUCAUUGAUGAAGAUUGGAAAGAGGGGUCGAUUGAGGAUGAGUUGUGCCAAACCCUCUGCUGAAGAUUGUUUAACAAAAUCUGAGAUCAACAUUGAUGUGCUGAAGGAGGCAAAGAUGUUCUACUUUAGCACACAUUCCCUGCUUGAUCGUAGCAUGAGGUCCACUGCAUUGCGAGCUGUCAGAAUUUCAAAGAAAUUGGGAGGGGUUAUUUUUUAUGAUCUAAACCUUCCUAUGCCACUAUGGCACUCUAUAGAAGAAACUAAGAGUUUCAUCCAGCAAGCAUGGAACCUUGCAGAUAUUAUUGAGGUCACUAAGCAAGAAUUAGAGUUUUUAUGUGGGAUCAAUCCAUCUGAAGAAUUUGACACCAAAGACAAUGACAGGUCUAAGUUUGUCCACUAUGAACCUGAAGUCAUUGCACCACUAUGGCAUGAAAAUCUUAAGCUUUUGUUUGUGACUAAUGGGACUUCUAAGAUACAUUACUACACUAAGGAGCUUGAUGGUGCUAUUUUGGGGAUGGAGGAUGCUCCCCUUACCCCUUUUACUAGUGAUAUGUCAGCAUCUGGAGAUGGCAUUGUUGCAGCUAUCAUGCGGAUGUUUUCAGUUCAGCCUGACCUGAUAACUGAUAAAGGAUACAUUGAGCAUACGAUCAAGUAUGCAAUUGACUGUGGAGUUAUAGACCAAUGGUUGCUUGGGCGACAGCGUGGCUUCCCUUCAACUGAAGAUAUGGAAGAAGUAACUCCUGAUGAAAAUGGCAUAAGGUCAAUUACAGAGAAAGAUUACCGCACAUUGAUGCCCGUUGAUUGAUCCAGGUGAUACAGCUGUUUAAAAUUUUUUGGUGUCUUAGGGCUCAGCAGCUAUUUAUAAUCCCUGUACACAAAACUUAGUGUUUUGUUCUGUGUUUCUGCUUCCCCUUUGCUAGAGGUAAAUGUGCCAUAAAAUUUUGUAUUAUAAAUUGUUACAUUAUGAGAAUGGCAUCAUAACCAAAGAUUAAGAAAUUUCUUUUGA